AUGCCGGCCGACUUUGAAAAAGUUGAAUAUUGGCGCAAACGCUUCGCCAAGGAGGAGUCCUUUGAAUGGCUCACGUCGUCUGGCGCCUUUUUCUCCAUCCUCGAGCCUCUUCUUACGCCGCUGUCAACAGGCUCAACAGUGCUCCACCUCGGCUCGGGAACAAGCGACCUGCAUGUGUACUUUCGACGUCACUUUCCACAGCUACAAGUCAUAAACAUGGACUACGAGCCUCUAGCUCUUGAACGGGGGAAGGCGAUGGAGAGCAACGAGUUUGGCAAUGUCGAAAUGGGGUAUCAGGUGCAGGAUGUCACGUUGCCGUUGGAACUGGACCUGGGGCAAAGAGGAAAAGUGAGGAUCGUCAUCGACAAAAGCACCGUCGAUGCUGUUUCUUGCGGCGGGGAUGAGAAUGUCAUCAAGAUGGCAGAAGCCAUACACGAUAUGCUGGACAAGGAGGAGGGCGUGUGGAUAUCGCUCAGCUUUUCGGACUCGAGGUUUGAGAUGGAGAGCAAGAGGGUGCAGGAGCUGUUUGAGGUGUCGGUGCUGACCAAGGUGGCUACUGGCCCAAAAAGGCUCGAGAGCGAUCCUGAUAUAUGGCAUUGGUGUUGGCUGCUGAGGCCAAGGGCGACGACGACCUAG